AAGUGACAAAGCUCUCGGGACGUUAAGGAAAAUGCAAUGGAAAUACCUACUCGGUGCAUCCAUGCAAAACAAUACAUACACGAUGUACACUCAUAUCUGUGUCAGUUAGCUUGACUUUGUGUACGACGCGAAACGUAUCAUUUGUAAGGAACAUAAUGAGGGCGAUAAUGGUAUUGCUGUUUUGUAUGACUGCUGCUAACAUUUCUACUUGUCGUAAGAGUGUAAGUGUUUCAACAGAUCCUAUAGUAACGGUAAAGCAAGGAAAGCUGAAAGGUUCUACCAGUACCCUUUUAAAUGGAUCACCAUAUUAUAGUUUUAAAGGAAUACCAUACGCUCAGCCACCGAUUGGAAAGCUGAGGUUUAAGGCCCCGUUGCCCGCAAUACCCUGGAAAGGUAUCUACGAAGCAAUAGAACAUGGCGCAGUUUGUCCGCAAUUCGAUAUCACCUCUCAGAAGCUGAUAGAAGGAAAUGAAAACUGUUUAUUUUUAAACGUGUACACAAAAUCUUUGAAGCCUGUUACCAAAUUACCGGUUAUGGUAUUUAUUCAUGGUGGAGCAUUUACAUCUGGAUCCGGUAACUCUGAUGUAUUCGGUCCUGAUUAUCUUUUGCAGCAUGAUGUAAUUUUAGUCACAAUAAAUUAUAGGCUUGAAGUGUUAGGAUUUUUGAGUCUGGACAUCCCUGAGGUACCAGGUAAUGCAGGUAUGAAAGACCAGGUUGUUGCAUUGAAAUGGGUUAAAGAUAAUAUUGCUCAGUUUGGUGGCGAUCCCAAUAACAUUAGUAUUUUCGGUGAAAGUGCUGGUUCCGGAGCAGUCACUUGUCAUAUGGCUUCACCAAUGUCCAAAGGUUUAUUUCACAAAGUAAUAGCACAAAGUGGAACAAGCAUAGAUGAUUGGGGUGUCGGCAAGGACCACGUUGCAAGAGCGUUUAGAGCCGGUAAAGUAUUGGGGAAAGAUACAAAAGAUGUGCAUGAAUUAUUAGAAUUUCUCCAGAGUGUCCCAGCAAUAGACCUCGCUGGACUAACAUUUAAAACUGAAACUGAAGAAGAAAAACUUAGAGGUUUGCCCGUACAUUUCAUACCUGUGGUGGAGAAGAAUUUCAAAAAUGUAGAACCAUUUUUAAAUAAAAGUCCUCUUGACAUUCUACUAGCGGGUGAAACGAAUAAAGUACCAUUGAUGAUUGGUUACAAUUCAGCAGAAGGGCUACUGAUGUUGUCUGAUCAUUUAAGUAAGGCGGACUUUCGUAAUAAGAAUCCUGAAUAUUUGGUGCCAAGGGAAAUAUCCCAAAAAGUACCUCAAGAUAAGACAAAGGAAUUUGGGGCUCGAAUAAAGAAGUUUUAUGUGGGAAAUAAUGAAUUUUCUAAUGAUACAGCAGAAGCCAUUGUUAACUUGCAUACGGAUUUAAACUUUGCUUACAGCGUUCAUAGAUUUAUACAUUUGUAUGCGGCAUCUAAUCAACACAUUUAUCAAUAUGUAUUUAAUUAUGUAUCUGAUAUGAACUUCGUGAAGAUAUCUUUAGGAUUGGCUCAAAUGAAAGGGGCAUCUCACGCUGAUGAUCUAUUUUAUUUGUUCUACAACGGUGGAACGAAAAAUGUUUACGAGAAACAAGAAAAAGCGAGAGAAAUUGUUUACAAAGUUACUAAGCUUUGGACGGAUUUUGCAAGAACUGGUAAUCCAACACCAAAUAAUAGUCUGAAUGUGAAGUGGGAGCCGUUCACCCGUACUGGGAAACAAUACAUUAAACUAGAAGAGCCGCUAUGUGUGGGACGCGCUGCCAACCGCGACAGAAUACAGUUUUGGGACAAUCUGUAUUGCCAAGCAGGGCUGCCUUGUAUUGGAAAUUAACCCUAUGUUUUGCCUUGUAUGUAAUAGUCACUAUCAAUUAGCUAGAAUAACAACCGCAAAACAGUUCUAUGAUAACAAAAUAAAGAAAAAAAUCCGUAAGAAAUUUAUGAAAAACUUACAUUUGGAGCAUGGCAUUGUAUGGGUGUGAAACAUGGAAUGACGCAAAAAGAAAUAAAGAUGCUUGGGGCAUUUGAGAUGUGAAAGGAUAAGCUGGACAGACAAAGUAACGAGUGAGCAAGUCUUGAAAAGGGUGAAUUAGAAACGAAUAUUAGUAAAAACAACAGAGGCAAAAUGCUUGGGCCAUGACGACAUGACGAUUUUUAACCCUUCUUUGCAUGAUUUUUUUUAUUGGUGAAAUAAAUCAAGGUGAUAUAAUUAGUGUUCAAAAUUAAAGGAAAAACUGUUAAAAAAAAAAAAUUUGACAGCUAUAUUUUUUUUCCGCAAUAGACAUUAAAAAGGUAUCCAGACACGAUUAACUUAAAGUGAACUUGGUCUUUUAUAUAAUUUUUGGGCAUUCAAUGUUAUGAUGGCAAUUUUGCACCAUUAUACAAAGAAGGGUUAAAGAACAUAGUAGAAGGAAAAAUAAGAGGGCAAAAGAGGAAGGAGAAUAACUACAUGGCAUUAAUAAAGGAAACUAGGUAUCAUAGACGUAUAGAGAGGUCGAAGAUAUGAGCUGGAAAGAAGUUCGCUAAAUUAACCGACACCCAACUAGAUGGAGUGACGGUCUUAAAUACAUUGCAGGGAGUAAGUGGAUGCAGGUGUUUCAGGAUCGUUCCUUAUGGCAGUUUAUAGGGGAGGCCUAUGUCCAGCAGUGGACAGGUAAUAGAUGGACAGAAAUGAUGAUGAUGAUUUGAUUAAAUUGAAACAAAAAAAAAAAUUAUAAACGUUGUAUUAUAAAUUUCAUUCUCUUAAAAUUCUAAGACAAUUGUUACAUUUAAUUAUUAUUUAUAUUAUAAUUCAUAUCUCAUUGUGACUUAGAAUAAAUAAAUAUUUAUAUUUAAUAUCACACUACAGUUAUAAUGACACGUAAAUUAUUUGUACAAAAUCAUUUAAUACUUAUACAUAAUGUAAAAUUUCACAAUGGCAAAGUAUUCAUAGGCAAUUUGUCAUUUUUUUAUUUCAAUGACGAACUAAUCAAAUUGUAUGGAGUGAAAUCAAAUUUGUAGUAUAUAUAUAUAUAUAUAUAUAUAUAUAUAUAUAUAUAUAUAUAUAUAUAUGUAUAUGUUUGUAUGAAGCAAUGUAUUUAUAUUGUUUGAUAGUUCUAAAUUUAAGAUAUUAAUUUACUCCAUAUCUUAUAACUUAGACACUAAUUUACAUUUAAGUACACUUAUGUAACUUACAUAAGAUUAGUAACCUUUAAUGUAAAAUGUACAUCUGAAACUUAUUGGGAUUGCUUUACAAACAGAUAUCAGAUUGUAUUGAUGUAAAAAUGACUUAAAAUUUUAUCAUUAAUAUUUUUUUUAAUUAAUCUGUGGAGUACAUACAAUCUUUUCUAUAUCUUUCCCCUCCAAAUUUCUUAAUGAGCGAGGCAAUAAAUAAAUCAAAAAUGUAAAGUACUUAUUAUAAUACUGCCAACGUACACUAAUCCAAUUAUUUUUUUAUACUAUUUAAGUUUCUAUCUUUAAAUAUUCAAUUUCAAUUCAUUUAACAGAGAAUUCUCAAGAGACUUAAUAAAUCAAAAUAGGCAAUUCA